AAUUUCACAGCUUUUCCUUUAGGAUUGACCAGCAAAGGACAGUUUGAGCAACACUGAGACGAGUGGGUUUUAAAGUAGCUCAUGCCACUGACAGGCGCUGACGGGCAGGAAGGUUUGUUUUGGUGUUUCAGCACUGGACAGCUCUCCCCGCGUGUCUUCUACACCCAAGCACGUGCGCUGGGAAAUUAACAUCUUUUAGCAGCCGGUGGGGGUGCACGAGCAGGACGCGCAUGGCAGACUCUCCACAUCAUCAUCAUCAUCAUCCUCCUCCACACAACUGCUGCUGAAAUCUCGAGAGAUGAGCAUACCGGAGUUCCUGCUGGAAGUGUCCAUCGUGGUGAUAGCUGUAGUCUCGCUGGUGACGAAUUUGUCAGUGCUGCUAUGUUUCACCCAGAGCGCAGACUUAAGAUCGCACGUGCCGGGACUCUUCAUCCUGAACCUCUGCUUCUCCAACAUCCUCCUCGCUAUCAUCAACAUGCCCUCCACUUUCCUCGGCGUGGCCCAAAGCACAAAGCCCUUCGGGCACUUGUUCUGUCAGGCUGCCAGUUUCGCAGAGACUUUCCUCACCACUAAUGCCAUGCUGAGCAUGGCUGCGCUGGGCAUGGACAGGUGGAUCGCGGUGGUGUUCCCCCUCAGUUACUCCAGCAAGAUGCGCCACAGAGACGCACUUCUGAUCGUGGCGUACUCGUGGUUGCACUCGCUCACUUUUUCUGUCACGCAGCUGCUGAUGGACUGGGGAGGAUACAGCCACACUUAUGCCUCCUGCACUGUCCACCUGGACGGGGAGGAGAGGUCACAGGUGGCCGCCUAUGCGACCUUCACGGUGCUGUUCCACCUCGGCAGUUUUGCGCUCUGCCUGUUCGUGCUGUGCUUCGCUUACCUGAAAGUACUCAGGGUGGCCAGGUCCCACUGCAAGAGGAUAGAUGUCAUCACGGUGCAGACUCUGCUUCUGCUGGUUGACAUACAGCCCAGUGUGAAGGACAGAUGUUUGGCACAGCAGAAGAAGAGGAGGCAGCGUGCUACUAAAAAGAUUUGCAUCUUCAUCGGCUCCUUCAUCCUCUGUUUUUCACCCUAUGUCAUAACAAGGUUGUUGGAGUUGUUGCCGUCUAUACACAUCCCGCGGUACGUAGGCAUUGCCACCAAAUGUCUGUCCUACGCCAAGUCUUCCACUGAUCCCUUUGUGUACUGUUUGCUGCGGCAGCAGUACAGGAAGGUCCUGGUCAGCGUGAUAAACCGUGUUCUGGGGAAGGAUCAUUACUCGCUGUCUGCCUACAGCACGAGCAGCAUGUUGGACACCACAGAUGACAAAUACAUCACCAGGAUAACUUGAGUUUGGUGUGUUGUAGCUUUUUCUUGGUAACAAUUCAAUGCCUGCAUUGUUUUCUGCAGCAGGUUUCAAUGGUUACAGCGGCUUUGAAAAGCAGCUGUACUUUGCAUGGAGAGAGGGCGGUGCCUUGCUCAACGGCACUGGACCAUUGGACUGUUGUUGUCCACUGGCAGAAGUGAAUGCUCGAUGAGACGUCACCGGUCUGUGAUGUUUGUCAAAGGCCCUUCACAGACAGUUGUUUCCACAGGGCUCAUCAGGUUUGCCAACGGAACACUGCACCAUAUGUUUGCUAUUACCAUCAAUGUCAAUGUUUUCAGUUUUCUUGAACUUGUCCUCAUGUUUCAAUGAACAGCUGGACAAAUGUUUGAUCUACUGACUGUUUUGAAUCUACUAUUAAUGCUUGUGCCAUUGUUUAACAC